AUGACUAUCUCCCACUACGGUGUCUGGGCUUGCACCCCCACCAGCUACGAAGCCCAGACCACAAAGGAGGACCCCAAGUCCCCCCACAUCUACCUCCACUUCACGGACGAUUCCUCUUCCAGCAAGAGCCUUGAAGCCGCUAUCAACGUCAAGUCCACUGACAAGGACACCCGCCUCGUGUACUGGUUCGACCGCAACUUCACCAGCUCCAUCACCGAGCAGCUCUCCAGCCUGGAGCUUGGCUUCCACCUUACCACGUCGCCCAGCUCUAGCAGCUCCAGCAGCUCCAACAGCUCCAACAAGAAGAGCGAGAGCUCCAACCACCACAACAACCGUCGUCACCACCGACACGUCCGCCGCGACCAGGUUGCUACCCUCCAAGGCCUGGAUUUCAUUCGCACCAAGGACCUAGUGGACAUUCAGAAGGGACAGGUUCUGUCGGAGGGCAGCGAUGGCUCCGACGCUACUGUUUUGGCCGACUUGGACCCGAUCAUCUCUGAUGCCAUCAACCAGAAGGCCACCGCUUACAUCUUUGGCUCGUCUUAUGGGUCUGGUAUUCAUGAUAUCCACAUGAACCAGGGUAGCUUACCCAGCUACUCCAACGGUAUCUAUGAGGAUGGUGCGCUGCUGUUCAAGUAUGAUGAUGGUCACUGGGAGGCUGUUUUCUUGGCUUUUGCCUCGCAGAAGAUUCCUACUGAUGAUCAGGGAGAGUACACUUCCGAUAGCAAAACCCUGGCUUCCAUUCUGGGUGCCAGCGAGUAG